AAAAUGUCUUGGAUCGAAAAUGUGCAAAACGAGUUCUUUGACGGUUACAACCUCACAAUGCUGAAAAUGGAUGAGGCUUGGCUGAACAUUACCUCCACUUUAAAUCAACAAUUGUAUCUGUACGAACUACAAACGGAUUGCUUCAAAUGUCCCUACCAACUGAGGAACCGUUUUGACGAUGAGACAAAAAAUGCUUACAUUGUGAAAACAACGUUCCACAAAAUUUAUCGAUUGCGAACUUCGUCAACUCCAGACAAAAUUAUGUCUACAAAUAGAGCUGAUACAUUUUGCGAUCUGGACUUUCAAAUGGGAGAAUUUGGAGUGUACGAAAUCGUUGCGUCAGAAAAUGGUCAAUGCAGAACGACGACUCAUUUAGAACCAGUUAAUAUAUACCUGCCAAUUCUACUCGUAUUUUUCGCGUUACUACUGUUCGCCGUGUGCUGGUACGGAACUAAAUGGCUCGCACGAAAAUAUUUGUUAAAGAUUAACCAUGAAAACGAACAACCAAUGGUGGACGACAGGCCAGAGAAGAAGCGUAUGCGAUCAAUUGAUACGUUUCGUGGGAUAUGUACGCUACUAAUGAUUCUUUCGAAUACUGGAGCAGGCGGUUACCCUAUGUUCACGCACAUCGCUUGGGACGGCUUAUACCUUAUUGACUUUGUAAUGAGCUGGUUUCUCUGGAUCAUGGGCCUCCUGAUACUGCAAACAAUCAAAUCACAACUUCGAAGAGGUGUUUCGAAGCCAAAAAUAAUGUUAAGAGUCGGAGAACGCUCGUUGAAACUAAUCGCAUUGGGUUUCCUGGAAAAUUCUUCAUGGGGUAGAAUUGAGUGGGCUACGUUUCGGAUUAUGGGCGUUCUGCAACGUUUUGCGUUUUCAUAUUUUGUGUGCUCUGCUCUCAUCCUGUACCUUGUCGAUUUCGAAGCGAAAUCCACUAAUGUCGGUAAAAUUCGUUCGACCAUGAAAGAUGUUACAUUGAUUUGGAUCGCAUGGAUACCAGUACUUGCCAUGACUGUCGUACAUAUUUUGAUUACGUUUCUUCUUGAAGUUCCUGGCUGUCCGAAGGGCUACGUUGGUCCAGGAGGAUUGCAUCUUUUCGAACACUGGGAUAAAUACAAUGAUCCGAAAUCAUGCAAUGGAGGUGCGGCUGGUUACAUUGAUUUGCAAAUUCUUACAAAAAAUCACGUCUACGAAUAUCCAACCAACAAAGAACUGUAUGACACAGGAAUUUACGACCCCGAAGGCAUACUCGGAUUUCUCACGACAGAACUAAUGGUGUGGUUGGGCGUCCAAGCUGGAUCAAUCAUGAUGAUGUAUCCAAAGUUUAAGUCUCGUGUCAUUCGUUGGACCAUCUGGGCAGUUAUAACUGGUGCACUAACUGCAUUGCUCUGCGGAGCCAAACAAACUGACGGUUGGAUUCCAAUUAAUAAAAAUUUGUGGUCGGUCACAUUUAUUACUAUAUCUGCCGGCACGGCAAUGGUAAUACUUCCAAUGCUGAUUUUCGUAAUUGAUAUGAAACAAUGGUGGAGCGGCGCUCCCUUUACUGAUGUUGGAAAAAAUGCGAUUUUAUUGUAUGCAGGGCAAUGGGUGUUUUACAACACGCUACCAUUUACGUUCAAGUAUCCAAAUAUGGAUAGAAGGCACUUUCCUGGACUUGCAGUUGGAACGUGGACUAUGUUCUGUUGGGCAUUUAUAGCUUAUCGAUUAAAUAAAAAGAAAUUGUACUGGAAAGUUUGAAAAUAAAGAGAACUACUA